UAGAAACAUUUUGUGCGUCAUUGUUGUUACGAAGGAGGAGUACGAUAGGAACAGGCAUACGUUAGGACAGAGAGGGCUGUUCAUCUCCACUAGGCGUAGAUAGAUAAUGGAUCCAGAAAACGACCCACAGGAAGAGGAGACUUUCAGCAGCAAAGAGAGUAAUGGUAAGCGUUCUGCUGAUGACUCAGAGGAGGAAAAACCCUAUAAGAGAUCCCGAAACUCUGACGAAAUGGUGGAGCUCAGAAUUCUGCUACAGAGCAAAAAUGCAGGAGCUGUGAUUGGAAAGGGUGGGAAAAAUAUUAAAGCUCUGCGCACAGAUUACAAUGCCACUGUGUCAGUCCCAGACAGCAGUGGUCCCGAGCGAAUCCUAAGCGUCAGUGCCGAUAUUCCUACGGUGGCUGAGAUAUUGCUGAAGAUCAUACCUACUCUUGAAGAGUAUCAGCAUCACAAAGGUGUGGACUUUGACUGUGAACUGAGGCUCCUCAUUCAUCAGAGCUUAGCUGGCAGCAUCAUUGGACUAAAAGGAGCUAAGAUUAAGGAACUGCGUGACAGCACCCAGACCACCAUCAAACUCUUUCAGGAGUGCUGCCCUCAGUCCACUGACCGUGUGGUGCUGGUGGGGGGCAAAGCAGAGCGGGUGGUGCAGUGCAUUAAAACCAUGCUCGAACUCAUCGUGGAGGCUCCCAUUAAAGGUCGUGCUCAGCAGUAUGACCCUAACUUUUACGAUGAGACGUACGACUAUGGCGGCUUCGGUGUGAUGUAUGAAGAGCGGGGCCGUCGGCCUAUGGGAGGCUUCUCUUCGAGGGGGCGCAGCAGCGGCGGUGGCUUUGAUCGGAUGCCCUCUGGCGGUCGUGGCGGCGGACACCACAUGCAGAGCAGGAGAGACUAUGAUGACAUCAGCCCACGCAGGGGCCCACCUCCAUCACAGAGAGGAGGAGGAAGAGGACCUCGUCCUCCACGAAAUAUGGGACCCCCACACCACAGGAGAAGUGAUGACCAGUAUUACAGCUCUCAGCGUGGCCACAUGGAUGAGCGGCGGCAUGGAGAACGGCGAGGACGUAAUGACCGUUAUGGAGGCAGCAUGAAUGAUGGAUAUGAUAAUAAUUCAUCUUGGGAUUCCUCCUAUCAGUCUGGUGGAAGGAGCAGUUACAGUGACGGUCCUGUGAUCACCACACAAGUGACUAUUCCUAAAGAUCUGGCGGGAUCCAUCAUUGGUAAAGGAGGACAGAGGAUCAAGCAGAUUCGCCACGAGUCUGGAGCAUCAAUCAAAAUCGACGAGCCCCUCCAGGGUUCAGAGGAUCGCAUCAUCACCAUCACAGGAACCCAAGACCAGAUCCAGAACGCUCAGUACCUGUUACAGAACAGCGCUCUUCACCUCUUGGGGCGCCAGAACUAAGCAGUCCACGUUUCUCAGGAUCCUCCAUCCAGCUGCAGCUCAACACCACCUUUACCACAGUCAAACCAGCCCCAGUCUCCGCCUGUCCUUCAUUGUGGAUUUUGUGGGAUCGUUCUUUCAUUUUUCUUGAUUUGUUUUUAUAAAUCUUCAUUUUAUAUGGGCCAACUUUCACUUCACUCAACCUGUAUGAGCAGAUGCCGGCUUUUCAACAGGACGAUGUUAUUGUUGUUGGUUUUUUCCCCCUUUCAGAGUGAAUGUUUUGUGAGUUACGAAUAAGUUUUCCACUAUUCAUGUACCUUGAUCCAGAAUGUACACGUUUGCUCUCUCUUCAUUAAAUUGAAUUAGGUAGAGAAGGAAAUGUAAAUAUCCAGUGAUACUAUGGCAGAUGAAUACUAUGGACAUACAGUAUGAAUAUAACCUUUACACUCUCUCUGUUCCACAUGUGUGUGUUUCCUCAGAAAUACAGAUAUUUUCUCUAGGUACUGAAGGCUUGCAGUACUUUUUGUAUGUCUUCUCUCCUGUCUGUUUGCUGGGUUGUAAAAUCUAGUGUUCAAAUUCUCUACCUCCGCUGUUUGUUUUGUAGGUAAUCCUGCAUCCCUUUUCUUUUUUAAAAGACAACUUAAGUGGAUUUUGAAGUUUUAGACUAUAUUUGUGUCGGAGCAGGACCGUAAUUCUCACUCUCCCUUUCUUUAUUUUUAUCUUUAUUUUUUUACUCAAAUUUGUCUCAAGUUCUUCAGCCAGGCACAUUUGUAGAGUUUGUCAUUUAUCUGAAUUAAUAAAAGAAUUGCCAUUUU